AUGUCUUCUUCAGCUACCAACACUGUCUCCGGCGAGCCCAACAAGCUGAACGCCCAGUAUCACUCCGUGAAGGGCACCACCGUCGAAGCUGUUGGCAACCUCACCGGCGCGACUUCGUGGCAACAGUCAGGAAAGGAAGAACACGCGGCUGGCGAAGCCGAGUACAAGGCUGCCCAAGCCAAGGAAUAUGUGGAGGGAGCGGUGGAUCGUGUCGCUGGAAAGACAGAUGCCAUUGUUGGGGCCGUGACUGGCGACAGGCAAAAGGAGAUAUCUGGAAAUAUUCAACACGAUAAGGGCCAAGCUCAGCAAGAGAUUAACAAGAUAUGA